AUGAGUAGUGAUCGUGAAUCGGUUCUUCUCAGCAGUUCCAAAUAUAUCAAUAAAUCAGGUGAAUACGACUUCAUAAAGCCUUGGCUAGGGGACGGUUUGCUAAUCAGCAGCGGACGUAAAUGGCAGGCCCGCCGGAAAGUGAUAACACCAUCAUUUCACUUCAAGAUCCUCGAUCAGUUUGUGGAAAUCUUCGAUCAGCAGGGGUCCACGUUGGUUGACAUACUGCACCUGUUUGCGAAAUCAGGCGAAACGUUCGAUGUUUUCCCCCUGGUGACCCUGUACGCUUUGGAUGUGAUAAGCGAAUCGGCCAUGGGUACCAAAGUGAACGCUCAAAUCAACUCGGAAUCAGAAUACGUGAAGGCAGUGAAAGAAAUAACGAAUCUAAUACAAUACCGAUUCUAUGACUUUUUGCUACGCUAUGAUUUUUUCUUCCGUUUAUCGGCAAACCGACGCAAACAGCUGAAGACGCUGGCGAUUUUGCACGGCUAUACCGAUAGCGUGAUCAGUGCGAGACGCAAGGAAUUGACGAAAAAGUCGUUGAACGGUGCUGGUGACGCAGUUCAAGCGAUCGAUGACGAUGUUGGUUCGAAGAAGCGUAUGGCCUUCCUGGAUUUGCUGUUACAGUCAACGAUCGACGGAAGACCACUGACGGAUUUGGAGCUCCGUGAGGAGGUGGAUACUUUCAUGUUCGAGGGGCAUGAUACUACGACGAGCGCGAUAAGCUUUCUUUUCUAUAGCUUGGCCUACAAUCCCCACGUGCAGCAAAAGGUGUUCGAGGAAGUACGGAACAUCAUCGGUGAUGAUCGAUCCGAACCCAUUACCAUGGCUAAGCUGAAUGAAAUGCACUACUUGGAACUGGUCAUUAAGGAGACACUUCGCUUGUAUCCCUCUGUGCCGAUGUUUGGAAGGAAAAUGAUGGAAAACACCGAGAUCAAUGGAAAAAUAUUUCCCAGUGGCGCAAACGUGAUCGUGAUGCCAUUUUUCUUGGGACGUAAUCCGAAGCAUUUCCCGGAUCCGCUGGUAUUCGAUCCGGAGCGGUUCAACGUGGAGACGUCGGCAGAGAAGACGAACCCGUACCAGUAUAUUCCGUUCAGUGCCGGGCCGCGGAACUGUAUCGGUCAAAAGUUUGCAAUGCUGGAGAUUAAGAGUGUGGCCAGCAAAGUGAUUCGCCAAUACGAGCUACUACCGCCGGCCGAGCCACAAAACAUUUCGUUCAUUGCGGAACUGAUUUUGCGUCCAGAACAUGGAAUACCCUUACGCGUGAGGACUCGCACGGAUUUUGUGAGCAGUGAUGUUUACUGA